AUGAAGUCCUCCAUCUGCCUCAUGAUCGCAAGCUCCGUGCUUGCACUUGCAGCCCCGACCUCCAAGGAAGCCCGAACCAUUUACACUUACGGUGUGAAGGACUAUGAGAACGACAAGGACAAGCGAACCAUCUACACUUAUGGUGUCAAGGACUAUGAAAACGACAAGGACAAGCGAACCAUCUACACCUACGGUGUCAAGGACUAUGAGACCGACAAGGACAAGCGAACCAUCUACACUUACGGUGUCAAGGACUAUGAGAACGACAAGGACAAGCGAACCAUUUACACCUACGGUGUUAAGGACUACGAGAAUGAGAAAGAGGCAGAGAAAUAA